UCUCUUUUCACUUUUUUAUAAAUGGGCUCUUCAGACAAAUUAGUUGGUGGUGGUGCAUGUGUUGCAGCUGCUUUCAUUUUUGUAUAUUACAGUACUUGGACUUUUAUUGUCCCCUUCUUGGAUGAAUCAAAUUCUCUUCACAGCCUUUUCCUCCCUUAUGAAUACGCAAUAUAUUUACCAGCAGUCGUGCUUGUCGCAGGUCUUUCAGCAAUCACUGCAUUCUUUAUCAAAGCAACUUCUAAAAGUAAAGAUAAGCAAAAAGCCAAAUAAUUGCAAUUCCUGUCAUUUAUUUGAUCAUCCUUUAUAUUUAUCUAUUUUACGCAUAUACAUAAACUCUUGAAUAAAUAUCAUACAUUUGAUGCAAAUCACAUGGGACA